GCCCCUUUGGCAGUCGGGACAGGAAAAGCAGGGGGAGACAAAGGGGAAGUGGGGCAAUAUUUAAGUGCAAGCCAGAAGGGCUGGGAGACGAAGUCUGAAGUGGCAGAGGACACCUAAAGAGACUCGCAGAUAUCAAGCCAAAAGAAUGACCGAAAGAAGGAAAAUGAACUUGGCUAAAGUAAGCGGAUUCCUGUCUGCCAGCUUCCUCCUCCUCACUCUGCUAGGAGAUACCACCGAGGCCUGCUCCUGUGCCCGCCGGCACCCCCAGACGGCAUUCUGCUCCUCUGAUAUCGUGCUCAGGGCCAAAUUUGUGGCUGUCAAUAAGAUGGAGGGGAAUCUCUCAGAAAGAAGGUGGAUGUACCAUGAGAUCAAAACCAUCAAGCUCUACAAAGGUCCCGAGGAGAUGCAAGAUGUCCGCUAUGUCCACACUCCACCUAUUGAUGGCGCAUGUGGAUACUUCCAUGGUGGACCACUCAAAGAAGAAUACCUCAUUACAGGAAGAGUGAAAGGCGGCAGAGUCACAAUCUCAAUAUGUAAUUUCAUCAGACCAUGGGCUGAGAUAACUCUUGCACAGAAGCGAGGCUUCACCUCAGAGUACAGCAAGGGCUGCUCCUGCUCAAUUGUGGGCCGCUCUAACAUAUCUGGCAAUCAGUGCUACUGGAUGGAAACUUAUAGUUCCCCGGAACAGAAUGAUUUCCAAGAAGAACAUAUGGCCUGCCUGCCCCAGAUGGAAAAGAAUGGCACAUGCCACUGGCAGUCCUUGGACACAAAAGGAUCCAGGUCCUUUCGUAAGAGGCGACUGAUCCAGUGACAUCUCCAUAGACUCUCAUGGAGCCAGAGUUCCAUAUUGUGAUCCCCCCUCCCCACUCUUCUGUCUGUGUUGUCUCUUAUUAAAUAAAUGCCUGUUCUAAACCUG